UCACGGAUGGACUUCGAGACACCAGUGCACAUGUUUUUUUCCUUAAUUAUCACCUUCCCUCCCUGCAGAACCAAUAAGGAAAUGAAAUAAGGACCGUACAGAAAGGGAAAGAAUCGAGGACUAUGUCCACCUUUUUUGUUUCUAAGGCCUGUUAACUCUUGUUUCUGCCUCUGACAGCAGAACCAGUGGAUGGAACAAACAGCCUCCCGUGCAGGAAAGACACUAACGGUUUUUCUCCAACAGGACGGGAAGAUAGCAGAAGAGCUCGCUAAAUCAGAGCAGCACGAACACGUAGCAGGUCUGCUUGCAAGACUCCGAAAGGACGCUCACCGGGGACUCUUCAUCCAGCAGCUGCGACCCACGCAGAACCUCCAAUCCAGGAUCAAACUGAAGCUGUUUGGCCACUCGGGCUCCGGGAAAACCACACUGGUGGAAUUGCUCAAGUGUGGGCUGCUGAGAAGCUUCUUCCAGAGACGCCGGCCCAGACUGUCCUCUGCCAGCUCCACCAGGUUCCCGCCCUCCCCGCUGGCGUCCAAGCCCGCAGGUGUCUAG